ACUCCACAGCAGUUUACCCAAAGCUUUUUAACGCCUCCCUAUUCGCGACUAGAUCUCGGGGUUAACUUUUACGGCACGUGCUGCACCUUCCUUUUUGCAGAUGUGACCUAAACCCAAGUUUAUAUUUGAUUCUAUUCAAUCCGAUGUCGGGUAGUAGUCGACACUUACGGGAAGUGUGAUGAUGAGGCAGUUACUUUGUUGAGAAUUAAUACUUGGAGGGGUAGAAGCCUAGCACACUAGUUACAGUAUUCAGGGAAGAUCAUGGCGGCGGUGGAGGUGAGUGUGAGUAGCGGCAGUAGUGACACAUCUAGCACCGGCGAAGAGGAGGGGAUGAGGCGGUUGUUUCAGACUUGCGACGGUGACGGUGAUGGAUACAUCAACAGGAAUGACCUGCUAAUGGUGUGCAGACAGCUAAACAUGGAGGGGUCUGUGGCAGAGAUCAUGGGCCAGCUGGGAGCAGACGAGCGAGGCAAGAUCUCCUUUGAGGACUUCACCCGCUGCCGCAUGCAGCUGGUCAAUGAGAUCCGUAGGGAAGAGGGCGAGAUCUCCCAAUGCUCCCAGGACUCUGACACUAGGAAGCUCAGGGAACACAUCGCCUCCUGGCCAACCAGUAGCGAGAUUAGCAGGGGAGCCAGAGAGAGCUGGGAGUACUACUCUGGGGCCCGGGACCUUCAGAGUACAGACAUCCAGCCUCAGCAGACACAGAACCAGCAGCAGCCAGCCAUCCUCCAGAAGCUCCUGGAACAGCCUGGGACUGUCCUAGAACAGCAGGCUGCUCUUCAUAAACUCCUGGCCCAGACCAGCACCCGCUGUGCUCCCCUGGGGGGAAACUACCUGGAGCUGGCCAACACACUCCACCUGGCAGCCCUGGCCUCAUUGAAGGGGGACGUGGUGGAGCUGAACAAGCGGCUGGUGCAGACGGAGAGAGAGCGAGAGAUGCUGGAGAAGAGACUGGCCAAAGCACAGUGUGAGCAGUCCUAUCUGAUGCGGGAGCAUGAGGACGUUCAGGAGCGGACCACCCUAAGAUACGAGGAGAGGAUCACAGAGCUGCACAGCAUCAUCGCUGAGCUCAACAAGAAGAUAGACCUGCUACAGGGCUCUACCAUCAGGGAGGAGGAUGAGUUUUCGGAGCUGCGUUCAGAGCUCAGCCACAGCCAGCAGGAGGUCAACGAGGACGGACACAGCCUAGACCAGGACGGGGCGUCCGUCUCACUGCCUGAAAACCACUCCACCCUGGUGACCUCCGACAUGGACAACUGCAGUGACCUGAACUCGGAGCUGCAGCGGGUUCUGACGGGGCUGGAGAGCGUUCUGUGUGGAAGAAAGAAGAGCACAUGCAGCCUGUCUGUGGCCGAGGUGGACCGCCAGAUAGAGCAGCUGACCACCGCCAGCGAACACUGUGACCUCGCCAUCAAGACGGUGGAGGAGAUCGAAGGGGCCCUGGGCCGGGACUUCUACCCCAGCCUGUCGGAGGAGCGGGUGCGCUGGGAGAAGGAGCUGGCAGGCCUGAGGGAAGAGAACGAGAGCUUGACAGCCAUGCUGUGCUCCAAGGAGGAGGACCUGAACCGCACCAAGGCCACCAUGAACGCCAUCCGGGAGGAACGCGACCGCCUGAGACGACGGGUGCGAGAACUGCAGACGCGUCUCCAGAGCUCCCAGCCUGCAGGCCCGUCCAGCCCUGGGCGUCUCACCCCCGCCUCCCGCCCCAUCAAUCCCAGCACUGGGGAACUCAGCACCAGCAGCAGCAGUAACGAUAUACCUGUGGCCAAGGUGGCAGAGCGGGUGAAGCUGUCUAAAACCAGGUCAGAGUCUUCCUCUACUGAGAGGCCUGUUCUGGGAUCAGAGAUCAGCAGCAUCGGGGUGUCCAGUAACGUGGCGGAACACCUGGCCCACUCCCUUCAGGACUGCUCCAACAUCCAGGAGAUCUUCCAGACCCUCUACUCCCACGGAUCAGCCAUCUCUGAGAACAAGAUCAGGGAGUUUGAAGUGGAGACAGAGAGACUCAACAGCCGCAUCGAGCACCUGAAGUCUCAGAAUGACCUGCUGACCAUCACGUUGGAGGAGUGUAAGGGCAACGCAGAGAGGAUGAGCAUGCUGGUGGGCAAAUACGAAUCUAAUGCCACCGCCCUGCGACUGGCACUGCAGUACAGUGAACAGUGUAUAGAGGCCUAUGAGCUGCUGUUAGCCCUGGCGGAGAGUGAACAGAGCCUGGUACUUGGCCAGUUCAGAGCUGCCGGAGUGGGGACUGUAGGUGAGCAGUCGGGAGAGGAGAGCAUCACUCAGAUCCUGAAGAGGGCCCACGACUGCAGGAAGACAGCAGAGAACGCAGCCAAGGAUCUGCUGGGCAGGCUGGACGGUAGCUGUGGAGCUGCAUUCGCUGUGACCGGCUGCAGCGUUCAACCAUGGGAGAGCCUGUCCUCUAAUAGUCACACUAGCACCACCAGUUCCACGGCCAGCUCAUGCGACACUGACUUCUCCAGGGAGGACGAGCAGCGGCUGAAGGACUACGUGCAGCAGCUGAAGAAUGACCGCGCGGCGGUCAAACUGACCAUGCUGGAGCUGGAGAGCGUGCACGUCGACCCCCUAAGCCUGGAGAUCAAGCCCCGGGGAGACACACACAGGCUGGACCUGGAGAACGCUGUGCUGAUGCAGGAGCUCAUGGCCAUGAAGGAGGAGAUGGCAGAGCUGAAGGCCCAGCUCUACCUGCUGGAGAAGGAGAAGAAGGCGGUGGAGCUGCGGCUGAGCACGCGGGAGGCCCAGGAGCAGGCCUACCUGGUGCACAUCGAGCACCUCAAGGCUGAGGUGGAGGAGCAGCAGGAGCAGCGCAGGAGAUCCCUCGGCUCCACUGGGAGUGGUAGUAAAGACAAGAGCCAAGCCGCCAAGGAUUGUGGAGACUCUCCAGCCAUCAGCUUGUCAGAUCUGAGGACACUUAAUGACAGCGACCUGGCAGCAGAGCUCACCAGCGCACUGAGACGAGAAAAGAAGCUGAAGGGGCGUGUCCAGGAGCUGGUGGCAGCGCUGGAGAGACUAACCAAGAGCAGCGAGGUCCGCCACCAACAGAGUGCCGAGUUCGUCAACGACCUCAAACGGGCCAACAGUAACCUGGUGGCAGCAUACGAGAAGGCCAAGAAGAAGCACCAGGGCAAGCUGAAAAAGCUGGAGGCUCAAAUGAUGGCCAUGGUGGAGCGCCACGAGACCCACGUCCGCAUGCUCAAACAACGCAUCGCCCUGCUGGAGGAGGAGAACUCACGGCCACACACCAAUGAGACGUCCCUAUGAGAACUGAUGAGAUGCCCUAAUGAGAACUGAU